GCCACCCUCUCCUCUCAUGUUUCGACCGCACACCUCGCUCCUUGGUGCCUAAUGGAUCAUGCCCCCCGUCGUUCCCCGCAAGCGCACGCGUUCUACCUCUCCGGCACCUGCAGCCUCGAAAAGGCGUGGCAAACGGACUGUCUUUGACGCGCUAGACGCGACUUCCAGUACCACGGUUGAUGCACAGGACAAAGCAUUUUUAGACGCGUUAGGGGGUGAAGACAGCGACAGCGACCUUAGCGAUGCGGAGAGCGAUGAAUUCGAGGACGCGUUACCUAACAAGGCAAAGGGCAAAAGCGGACAGCUCGCUGAUCAAGAUGAGGACGAAGAUGAGGAUGAAAUGGACUGGGAAGAUGCGCUGCCAGCACAAACCGACACUACUACCACACCAUAUGAUGAUAGUCCCCAUCGCAAGCAUGCGCCAUGGAGGAGACAAGAGCCCGACGCAUCCGACGUUCUCGAAGUCACUCUCGGCGAACCCUCCAAUGAUGAUGACACCUUAGCUCAAGCCGCCCUAGGCCCAAAGGGUGCCUCAAAGAAAGAUCGCCAAAUGCGAAUCGCGACACACUGCGUUCACGUUCAAUUGCUACUCUUCCAUAACCUCACAAGGAACGGCUGGAUAUGCAAUAAAGAAGUUCAUAAGAUAUUGGUAGAACAAUUGACAGACGGUGUGAAGAAAGAAGUUCAACGCUGGAGGAGAGACAGCGGUUUGCCUCCGGACGAGUCUUUGGAGACUGAAGAUGACAGAAAAGCAAAACGAAAAGCUGCGCGCGCAAAGGCAAAAGGAAAGAAUCCCGCACCAAGGCGGGCGGAUAGUAAUCAGCGCGAUUGGGGUGGCACAGCUGAGAGGACAGAAAAUCGCGUCCCCAAUCUUAGCGCCGGUGAUCCUCUGCUUAAACUACUCAAGUAUCUUGCGGCAUACUGGAAGAAGCGCUUUCGGAUUACGGCGCCGGGCCUACGUAAACGUGGAUAUAUGCCCUCGAUCAAGGCAUUAACAACAGAAGUGAAGGCUUUUGAAAAUACGAGUAAUUCGGCGUCCAAAAACAAGGGAGAUGGGAAACUUACUGGAGAAGACAUUGAGAGAUUCGGCGAGCAAAUUCGAAAUGUCGAGGAAUUCAAAGAUGCUGCGCGGAAGUGUGAAGGUAGCAGAGACGUUGGCGCCCAGCUCUUCACAGCACUCUUGAGGGGUCUGGGGUUGGAGUCUCGGAUGGUUGCUAGUCUACAGCCCACGGGUUUUGGUUGGGGAAAAGUGGAAGAAGCAACGGCAAAGAAGUCUCAAACAGAUCAGGCUAAAGCCAACGAUGCGGACUCUGGUGGCUUUGUGAAGUCCCCAGGGACUACAAAGCCCUCAUCUACCAAGCAGCAGCCUCAAGCAAAACCCGAAAAGCCAAUUAGGGCAUCGAACAAGCGCACUUCAAACCGGACAUCCGGCUCUAAAGCUACACCAAUCGACCUUGACGAUGAUAGCGAUAGUGAGCUUAGCUCAGCGCCGGAGGACUUGUCGGAUGCAUCUGUCGUGGACAUCACGCCAUCAACUCAAACCCCUCGCCUGCCAAACAAAAGUUAUGAUGCGGAUCUUCCUUUCCCUACUUAUUGGUCAGAAGUUCUCUCACCUAUAACCCAAACAUGGGUUGCUGUCUCUCCGCUAGUCAUCUCGACUGUUGCUAGCACGCCUGAGCUUUUGUCCUCUUUUGAACCUCGCGGUGCUGCUGCGGAGAAAGCUAAGCAGGUAAUCUGCUACGUUGUGGCCUACUCAGCCGACGGCACCGCAAAGGACGUUACUGUGCGUUAUCUCAGGAAGCGCAUAUGGCCUGGCAAAACUAAAAGUUUCCGAUUACCAGUGGAGAAAGUUCCAAUCUACAACAGCCGUGGCAAGGUAAAGAGAUAUGAGGAAUUUGAUUGGUUCAAAUCCGUUAUACGAUGUUAUGCGCGUGAUGGACGGAAACGUACUCAAGCUGAUGAAAUUGAGGACGAGGGCGAUCUAGUACCAGUGAAACCUUCAGCAUCCAAGAAGAAAGAUGAUGCCGAACCAGAGACACUGCAAGGCUACAAGAGCUCGGCCAAGUAUGUUCUAGAACGACAUCUUCGGCGCGAAGAGGCAAUACUUCCAGAGGGCAAGCCUGUCAAGACUUUUACAACCGGGAAGGGAGCCAAAGCCACCGCUGAGCCCGUUUAUCGGCGCGAGGACGUCGUGCCAUGCAAAACAGCCGAGUCAUGGCACAAAGAAGGUCGACAAAUUGUGCCAAAUACGCAGCCUCUCAAGCGGGUGCCUAUGCGAGCAGUGACCCUUAUCCGCAAGCGCGAGAUUGAAGAGGCGGAGCGCGAAACGGGAGAGAAAGCGUUGCAAGGGUUAUAUGCCGAAUUCCAGACCGAAUGGAUCAUUCCCCCACCCAUCCAGGAUGGUAAGAUUCCAAAGAACGCGUACGGCAACAUUGACGUCUACGUUCCAAGUAUGGUACCGGAAGGUGCGGUACAUGUUCCGCUGCGAGGGACUGGAAAACUCUGCCGGAAGUUGGGUAUCGACUAUGCUGAGGCGUGCACUGGCUUUGAGUUUGGUAAUCGGCGCGCAGUGCCUAUUCUUACGGGGGUGGUGGUUGCAUCCGAGAAUGGCGACUUGGUGAGAGAGGCAUGGCGCGAAGAGAAGCGUGCGCAACGCGAGAAGGAGGAUAAGAAGCGUCAGACGCUGGCACUGACUACGUGGAAACGCUUCCUGACGGGACUACGCAUCAUGGAGAGAGUCAAGGCGGAUUACCGGGCUGAGGGUAUGGAAAAGAUGCCUGAGUCUGAGAAUCCAUUUGCGAAGAAAAAGAGAGCGAACGAGGUGGGAAAUACGUUUGUUAAGAAGACGGAUGACAUAGACGAAGAGGAAGAGAUGGGUGGCGGCUUUCUACCUGAUGAAUACGAGGAUGGAGCAGAUAUUGGGGGUGGAGGAUUCUUCCCGCCUGGUUAUGAUGAGGAGGAAGCUACACAAGGUGGCGGAUUCUCCCACUCUGGUCCCGAUGAGGAAGAUGUCGGUGAAGGGAGCUUCUUGCGUGAUGGCCAUGAGAGCGCUGAUGAGGGCGGCGGGUUCAUUAUCGACCAUGGUUCGCAGGAUGCCAAGCCCGCGUCAAACCUACAGCAUCUUUCUACAACCGGGAACGGAGGGGACGCUCCAUUCUCACUCUCAUCGCUACACCAGAGCGCGCCGGAACCUGCCUCGAAGGAUGGCAGUCUCGUCGAUGAUGCGGGGCAGAACGGUGAGGAAGAGCAAGAACAUGAGAGUGACGAACAACAAGAGUCGGCUACUACUCCCAGUUUACGGGGUAGACGAGGCCGUGGUAGAGGCCGGGCCACCCAAGCAAAGAAGCCAGCGACCUCAAGAAAAGCCGCCUCCGCCAAGGUGACAAGGAAGCAGAAGAAGCCCUCCAGUGACACCGAAGACUCCGCUCUCUCAGAAGAAGGUGAAGAUGAAGAUGAAGAUGAGCAGUCUUCUCUUCCUUCGGACGCACCAUCAGCCAGUGAAGCAGAACAAUCCGACUCUCACCCCACUUCCGACCAUGGAGGAGAGGGUGCCGAAGAAAGCCAGAAAAGCGAAUCGGAAACACAAGAGCCUGCAAAAACUCCUCGUGGCCGCCCAAAGCGCCAGGCGGCUAGUCGCAGUGCGAAAGCUGUUCGCAGCCAUUAUUUCAGCAACGACAGCGCGGACGAGACCGAUGGCGUUGAAGCUACGCCAGCGAAGAAGGGCGCGGAGAGAGGUAGAGGAAGGGGAAGAGGACGUCCACGCGGACGGGGGCGUGGACGUGGUAGAGGGAAGAUUUGAGUGAGUGGUUGUACAUACUAGGGUCGGCUAAGUGGUUAACUGGUAGCUAUGCUCGAUACCCAAGGGAGGCUUAGUACUGCUAAAUUCAAGUGUGGAUACUUUUAAAUACCGAUAGUACAUAACGAACAUGGAG